AUCUUUCUUUUCGCCCACGCCCAACCUUUCGUUGUUGCUCGCCGUUGACGACGGCGAGCUCGCUGUUUUAUUUUCUUCUCCGGCUGGCACUCUACGCUUGAUGACUGACGCACGGGUUGCUUCGUCCGAUGACACCGCGUCCCUCCUUUAAACACAAGCGUCCUUUGUCCGCCAUCUUCCUAGGCUCCUCCCCAUCCUCCUCGUUUUCCGCAAGUAUACCAGAUUUACCUGAACCGCCGAGCCCAGGAGGAUCAAGUGGUUCGGGCUUGCCUUCCCCGCCUGCAACGAAUUCAACGGGUAGCGGCAGUACGGGCGACAACAGUACGAACGCUGGCAGUAUACGUCUACGAUCUUCUCCUAAUACAAACACGAAUAUGUUCAAUGGUAAUAAAGAGAGGCCACGAAGUCGGAACGGCAACUCGAGUGAAGAUGAGGACGGGGGAGAUAAUGAGAAUGAAGAGGACCAAACCGCUCGACUCUCGGACCGCAGGUCGUCCUCUCGCCCGAGUGAAAACGAGUUGGCCCUGCAGAGAGUGAAGAGUUUGACUCAACGAAAUCGUAUGGCAAUUGACAAGUUAUCGCGUCUGAGUACACCAUCUCCUUCCAAUUCCGGCCGUACCUCUACCAGCCGAUCUCCCCUCCCACCCCACAGUGCUGCUUCCUCCUCCUCGUCUGGGAGAGUAUCUUCGCACUCUAAGUCGUACUCAACACCUCAGAGCCGCGUGGCAGGUGACCGUUCUGGUUCAGAGACGGAGAGGGAAGGUCAUUCGCUCCAUUCGUAUCCUUCGUCUGACGAUCUCUCUGUAACCCCUCCUACAACUUUAUCGGGAGGCUCACAGUCACGGACCAGCGGUACGCGUCGACGUCGGACAUCGGCACCAGCAUCGCCCGAUAAAGAAAGUUUGACGUCGUCCUCGUCAUCCAGACCUGGCAGCGGUGGCAGAAACGCGUCGCCUGGUCCUUCAAGAACCCCGCGGAAGAGGGUCUCUAUAGCGUCUUCUUUCACGAGUUCGUCCAUGGACUACGAGGAUGAGGAAAAGGACGAUGUCGCGAGCGCGGCACUGGCUGCUGUGAGCGCCUCCCGUCGUAGUCCAACAAUUGGGAAUAGCAGCAGAGCGAGACACCCGCUUCCACGCGAGUUCCGGGACAGCGUUAGGAGAAGUUUGGACGGUAGGUCUGCCGCGGAGCCCAUGACACCCCAUCGUAAUAGAGAUCGCGGUUUCCUGGAAGCAAGAGGGUCUCCUUCUCCGAAGUCAGCAGGCUCUACGCUCAAUCUUAAUGGUCUUCAACAAUCACCUCGUCCGGUGCGCGCUGCCGCGGGUCGCUCUGUGCGCGAGCUAUCGCGACGACACCAGUCGCGGUGGUUGUCUGAGGACUUAUCAUCAACUAGCGGGUUGGGAGAUAUACAUGACGGGGAAGAAAGUGACUUGAAUGCAGCCAUUAGUCCAAGCGGCCUUAUCUACGGCAAGCGGCAGACCCUUAGAGGGGGUAGUGCUGAGAGCGCGCUAGGCGCUGGUAGAAGUCUUGUCGGUGAAGGUUUGAAGGCUGCAGGUAUCGGGGCAAGGCGCAGAGAUUCAGCGUUGGAUCUUUUCCGCGACGGCAGAUUGGAAGGCGGAGGAUCUACUGUGUCUCGGGCAAAGACCACUGGUACUACUAGAGGAGUUACACUAGGUAAUUCGCGUACCAGUGAGGGGGCCGGCCCUUCAGGCUCAACAGCGACCAGAAGUCGCAUUGGUCAGGAAUUGCGCACAACCACUCCGUCAGGUGACGCUCGUGCUGUUGUCCAUCGGAUGUCUAUGACUUCCAGACCGUCCACAUCUAUGGCAGGCUAUAACGGAGAAAACCCACCGAGUACAGCACCGCCUAGUCUGCGUACUUAUCGGUCAUCACGCACACUUCCGGAUCGGGAGAGGAACGUCUCAGAAUUCACAUUGGGUGGCAGACAGCAACAGGCUGUCUUAGCUUCCAAUGACAGGAUGUAUGCGUCUCCGGUCCUUGCCCCUCGUCAGACUCCCCAUACCGUCAGCGCCCUUUCCGGGCAGUUGGCCCAGCCGAAUUCUGAGCACACACGUCUUAUGCUCGAGUCCCUCUCAAUGUUUGAAUCCAGUCUCUCUCGCCUCCCUCCUAUGGGUACGACGACGACGUCUACGAUACCGGAAUUGUUCAGAUCGGCCCAGACUAUCGUGCACGCGGCGGACAAAUUGAAUGGACUUCUUCGAGCCGGGACCGCAAAUGCCCUGGAAAGGCAGAUCGAUGCGGAUGUCGCAGAUGAGGACAUGGGUGGAAUGAAUGCGGAGCUAGCCGAAGUAUGGAGGACGGUGGGCGGUGAUUUCAGGGAAAGCAUGAGGGUCAGCGAUGAGCUAGUUCGUACCUUGACCGGGUUUCUCUUGGGUGUCGGCAAGGUUUUGAGGGAAUCUGCGUCGUCGAACAACGGGCUACAACACCUCCGUACGGGGAGUUUGGAUGAAGAGGCUAUCAACCGGAGGAUGACCCCUGACAUUGCCGACCACCCACGACUUCCUAAUGGGCGGAUGAGUGUGGACGUACGACGGAGUUGGGAGCCUUCCCCGAGGGAAAGCGCAAGACCGUCAUCAAGUCGUAGAGAUGAACUAGACAGCCGUGCGUCGUCUUCUAUGCGACGCGGCAGGGAUUCAGAAGAAAGUACUGAGCGCGAUUACCCCGUGAUUGAUCGCGAUGAGGAACUCCCCGAUCCAUCCCCUACACCUGCAUCUAGACAUCAACACCGUGCUCUAGCCCCCUUAACCAUCCCCCCAGCUUUGUCAACUAUACCCUCAGAGUCGUUGCUGUCUCGGCGAACGUCCGCGACAGAAAGCAAUCGGAGGAAAAUAUCAAACAACUCCAACGCGACAGUCCGUGCAGGUCCAAUGCCAUCGACGCUCAAGACCCCCGGUGCCACGACCGCUAUCACUCCACACACUGUAUCCAACUCGCCAGAAAAACCCGCUUUUCCUUUGCCUCGCGUUGAUUCUUCAGGGUCUGGCGGUUCACACAAGGCGAACGUUACGUUCUCUCGCCCGUCCACUGUAUCGGUGUCCACCUUGGCUGGGGUGCAAGAACGAGCUAGGAAACGUACGAUUUCAGCCACAUCGUCGGCGGCGGAUGAAGCCCACGAUGCUGUAAUGGCGACUAUCGCUGCAACUGCCCAUCACAAGACUCCCGUUUCUGGGUCGGAGUCUGAGAGGGACGCCAGACGACGGACUGUUGGCGCGAAGGGACGGGUGUCGCUUGAUAGUGCUGUAAGUUCCGAGAGUCCAAGAAACAGCGGCGGCAACCAAAGACCAACAUUACCGUUAGGAAAGAGGGAACGAAGGAGGACGAUAACGGAGAUAUUUGGGCAACGUUAGAACACGGGGGUGGCAUGCGAACGAGAUACUUUAGGGCGUUGUCUUUGUUGUACCUGUUAAUCCAGAGUUUAUAUCUCUUUAUUGCAGUCAUAUGUGCGUCCCCGUCGCACUCAUGGCUGCCUUUUGUUUCCCUUCUAAGUGCCUCUACUUCUUGGACUGUUUCGUCGUCCCCUGUGAUCCGAGUCUCUUCCACUGUUCUGAAUGUAGCAGUCCGGUCAUCUUUCCCUUCCUGUUCCCUCGUAACUAUCUGUGGCUCGUUCGGCCGCCUGAUCCAAGUCCGCGCAACCGUAUGUCAAUUAUAAGAUCAUGCACGAAUAUGAUGUGUUUG